CUUUUGCUCAACUCAUCCAAUGGAUGCUUUUUCUAACAUGUCUAGCAUCAAACAAAUCAUCCAACGGAUAUCUCUCUUUAUUUUCCUCCUCGUUGAGCAUUUUCAUCGCUCUCAUGCGGACGUUGGCACUGCUGCCAAGUACAGUCCUCCAUAUACACCCACGGCGUGCUACGGAAGCGACCCGUCGCAGUUUCCGUCGAGCAACCUGUUUGCGGCAGCGGGGGAUGGGAUAUGGGACAAUGGGGCGUCAUGUGGGAGGCAGUAUUUGGUGAGGUGUAUCAGCGCCACCACACCCUAUGCUUGUGUUCCUGACCAAACUAUUCAGAUAAGGAUUGUCGAUUAUGCCCCUGCUGCCGCUUCCACUCCUUCUGCCACCGGCACCACCAUGGUUCUGUCUGAAACGGCGCUUGGAGUCAUUGCAAAUUCUUCUGCUAAUUCCAUCAACAUUGAAUUUCAACAGGUGUGAUAUGGAAAAUUGGUAAUGGGGAGACGACUGGGAUGACCUUUGGUUUGAUUUGUUUGUCAAGGAGCUACGAAAGAAGCUGCAUAGAAAGAAGCUGCAAAAUGUUUAUCAUCUAGAAAGAAGGUGCAGAGAAAGAGUGAAACAAGUAUUCAAAAUGUUUAUCGUCUAGAAAGACUACAAAUUUGAGUUUAAGUCAUAUGUUAAAUUUUUUUAAAUAAAAUUACUGAUAAAAAUUCGUUAAGGCUA